CUUUUGAGACAAGUACAUGAACUCGUGUUUUUUUUACCAUUCAUUCUUUGUUGCGUGAACUGCAUGUGAACUUCUGAGAGAAGGAAAAUUCGUCUCUCAAACGAGUUAAAAUGCCGUUCUCAUCAAAGACCCCCAGGACACUGGCGGCCAUCUUUGAGAGUCCCAGUGACGACGAGGACUUCCUGGGUUUUGCCAUGUCAGUGCCUAGUGACAGCGAAUCAGACGACAGCAGGGACAGCCUUGCCUCUGAGGACUCUGGGAAGCCGGCCCUGCGUUUCAGGUCAAAGUUUGUGACCGCAGAGUUGUGCGUAGCGGAGGAGAGUGAUGAAGACACGGGUUUCUACUCUGAGGGGGAGGAGCUAGAGACACACACAAGGAGGAGUCUCUGUGUUGCCUUUAGGUUUCCCACCAAAAGACUCUCUGCCAAGAAAGGGGAGGCACCAAAGAAACCCCAGCCAAUCACUACCGCCCCUCCAAAGAGGAGAACCAAUGAAAAGGAGCAUCUGAAAAGGGGUGUGUCUCAGGUGUCCCGUGGGAUGGUGACACGGGGUCAGAAACAGCCUCUAGAAAAAGAGGAGGAGGAGGUUGAGUCUCCAGUUCUAAAUAAACGAGCCAAGAACAUCCAGGAGAACAAGGCCAUGUUGGCCAAGCUGUUUGCUGACCUGACCAACAUGGCUGAACCCCCCCCCUCUACCAUGAAGAAGAGGCGUGUGAGUGAGAAGCCGACCCCUCGUAGACGAGGUGUGUAUGAGGGGGGUGAGAGGAGGAACCCAUCGCGUGCGGCCAGACCGCCAGAGAAGUUUGGGGUGGAGGAGCGGAGUACCUCUCCCUCACGAAGCAACAGAUCUGUGAGGGCUAUCUGUGUCAGGAAACUACUGGAGGUGGAUGAUGAGCUGAGUAGAAGUGGGAAGAAGAGGAGGGCGAGCAGCGGGAAGAGGAGGAAGAUUACACAUGUGAGAUCAGUCGAUGAGAUCACAGAGGAAGAGCUGGACAACGUGGCGGAAGGCGCCAAAGACAAGAUACUGGACAAGGACCACGGCAGCACUUGUCAUCAGUGUAGACAGAAGACUCUGGACACCAAGACGGUGUGUCGUAGCGGAGUAUGUUCAGGGGGCAAGGGUCAGUUUUGUGGGCCCUGUCUGAGGAACCGCUACGGAGAGGACGUACGCUCUGCCCUGCUGGAUCCAGACUGGGAGUGUCCUCUGUGUAGAGGAAUCUGUAACUGCAGUCUGUGUCGACGGAGAGAAGGACGCUGUGCAACAGGACAACUCGUCCAUUUGGCUCAACACAAGGGCCACAGCAACGUCCAAGAUUACCUGGAGAGCAUCCAAAAAGAUCUUCGAGUCUAGAGACAAGACCAGACAAGCAGACAGCUCCCCCAUUGGUCAGGACAGACAUUACACCCUGGAGGCCCAGAGGGAGAGACCCAGCAGACAGAGGGGGUGUCUCAAUAAUCUCUUCUUUCUCCUGAAGUGUACACUCUUCACUACUUCCCACAAAGCAUUGGAUUUGCAGAGCCAUGGGCUAAAGGGAAUUUCCACCAUAUUUCUUAUACCAGUCAUUUCCCUACAAAUCAAUGGAUGGAAGUGAACAAGUGCACACUUUGGGCAGAAGGAGAGAUAAUUAGGACGUAGUCAUACUGACACAGAAUUGUUCUGCUUUAGUACUGCCACAGUUCAGACUCGAGUCCAGGGUUUUGGAUCUCUAGAUGGUCUAGAACAGUGUUCCUCAAUGACUGCCACGUCCUUCUAACACCCUAUUUAAUCAGUCAUGUUCAGUAGGGAGACAACGUUUUGAAACAGGAGGUAGUACCUGAUAUUUUCCAGUAAGAACAUGUAAUUACCAUUUAUUGUUGCAAAAUGUUUUGCUAUGGUGUACACCACUGAAUAUGACCCAUGAAAACCAUAACUUGUGGAUCCCUGCAACUAAAAAGAUUGAGCAACACCGGUCUAGAUGGAUAUCUGUGGUUCCAAGGCUGUGUUUACACAGGCAGCCCGAUUCUGAAAUCAUAUUUUUAUGCAACAGCAGUCAGGCAGUGGAGUUUAACUUUUUAUUAGACCUUGGAUGGGGCGGAGGGUACAGACAACCGCUGUUAAAUUCAGUACCUUUUUAAUUUGGGGAAUAAUGUUUACGCACCUAUUAUUAUGCUAAAUUAGCAUAGUUUGAGUUUACGUUACUUGAGAGUUUACACCUAUUUUACCACUGCAUCCCUAGUAGUAAGACAUGGUCAACCUUUUACUGAAAGGAACAGAACAUAUUCCCUUGAUUAUAGACAAUAGCCAAUACAAUUGGACCUAUGGGAUGUAUAGUGUACUGUUUAUUACACUGUUUUAAUGUUUUUUUUCCUUCUAUAUUGAGUUAAAGUUAUAAGACUGCUGCUGAAAGUGGACACUGUAUGUUAGUUGAAUCUGAAAUAAAGAACUGAAGUUCAAA